AUGCUUCGGGCGCCGCUGAUAGGAUUUGAUGCCUACCGCCAGCGCGAGCGGGAGGUCAGGGAUGCGGCCACGACGCCCUCGGGCGUCCUGCUGGAGUAUGAGACUCUGGCUCUGCGCGUGGACCCCCCAAACAUCAGCAUCGACAAUGAAAGCUUCUCUGACUGCACGCGCCUCACCAUUGACAGCGCCAACCGGCCCGGCACCCUGGUGGAGGUGGUGCAGUGCCUGACAGAGCUCAGCCUGUCCAUCCUCAGGGCGCGGAUUUCCAGCGAUGGAGGGUGGUUCAUCAAUGAGCUGCACAUAUGCGAGCCCCCCAGCGGGCGCGUGACCGACGAGCGAAAGCUGGCUGCCAUCCGCCGCAUGCUGAGCGUCUCAGAGGAGCAGGGGGAUGGCUGCGGGCCGAGGCCGCAGCAGCCGGCGGCGCGCAGCGUGUUCCAAAUGGUCGGGCCUGACGCGCGUGGCAUCCUCGCCGAUAUCACGCAGCUGCUGAUGCACAACGGCUGCGAGGUGCGCUCCGCUGCCCUUUGGACUUUCAGAUCUCGCGUCGCCUGCGUCAUUGGCGCGACAGAGUCCGGCGGCCGCCCCGUCGCUGACUCACCGAAGCUCUCGCGCCUGCGGGCCAUCCUAGAGGGCCUGCUCGCGCCCCCCGGCCGCGGCGAGUCGGCGGUGGUGGAGAUUGAGCAGUCGGUGGUGGGAGCGGUGCACCAUGAGCGGCGGCUGCACCAGGCGUUUGGGUGGCUGCGAUGA